AUGGAAAACGAGGUCUUUACACCUUUACUUGAGCAAUUUUUGCUCACUCCUCUAGUGGCUUGGGUGAAAACUGUUUGCCAGCCUUCCACGAACGAUGGAAGCAAACUAUCGGAAUACAUUGAAUUAGUGGAUGGUGUGUAUCUAAACGAGGUCAUGCUCCAGAUAAAUCCCAAAGCGUCCAUCCAAAGACCCAACAAGAAAGUGAAUAAUGACCCAACACUGCGCAUUCAGAACCUCUUAAUUCUGAUACGGCAAAUUAAAUCCUAUUACCAGGACAGUCUGCAACAACUGGUCAUGAUGCCUCUUCCCAAUGUGCUGGUCAUUGGCAGGACUCCUCUGAGCGAGCAAGGCCUGGAGGAAAUGAAAAAGUUAUUGCUGCUGUUGCUGGGUUGUGCUGUUCAGUGUGAGAAAAAAGAAGAGUACAUUGAGAGGAUUCAAACUUUAGACUUUGACACAAAAGCAGCUAUUGCAUCUCACAUUCAAGAGGUGACCCAUAAUCAGGAGAACGUUCUGGAUCUACAAUGGCUGGAAGGAGGGGAGCCUCCCCCUGAAGACCUGGAUUCCUUUUCCAGAAAUAUGGCAUUCCAUCUGAAACGCCUGGUAGAUGAAAGAGAUGAACAGUUAGAGACCAUAGUGGAGCUGACCCAGGAGAGGGACUGUGGACAGUACUCUCCCCCGGCUCCUUGCUCCCAGUCGCCCAACGGCUCUCCCAGUAUGAGGCGUACUGAGAGCAGACAGCAUCUCUCUGUGGAGCUGGCCGACGCCAAGGCCAAGAUCAGACGUCUCAGACAGGAGCUAGAGGAGAAGAGUGAACAGCUUCUAGACUGCAGGCAGGAACUGGACAACAUGGAGACUGAGCUGAAGAGGAUACAGCAAGAGAACCUACAGCUGCUGGCUGACGCCCGGUCUGCCAGGGCUUACCGUGAUGAGCUUGAUGCACUGAGAGAGAAAGCCAUCAGAGUGGAUAAACUGGAGAGUGAAGUGGGCCGUUACAAAGAGAGGCUUCAUGACAUUGAGUUUUACAAGGCGAGAGUGGAGGAACUGAAGGAGGACAAUCAGGUGCUCCUGGAGACCAAGAGCAUGUUGGAGGAUCAGCUGGAAGGCUCCAGGGCUCGCUCCGACAAACUGCACGAGUUAGAGAAGGAGAGCCUGCAGCUCAAAGCCAAGAUUCAUGACAUGGAGAUGGAGAGGGACAUGGACAGAAAACGCAUUGAGGAAUUAUUGGAGGAGAACCUUGCUCUGGAGAUGGCUCAGAAACAGAGCAUGGAUGAAUCUCUACACCUUGGUUGGGAGCUGGAGCAGCUCUCCAAAACGCCUGAGCUUACCGAGGUGCCGCAGAAGUCGCUGGGGCAUGAGGUAAACGAGCUGACGUCCAGCCGGCUGUUGAAGUUGGAAAAGGAGAACCAGACGCUGUUGAAAACGGUGGAGCAGCUGAAGGGUUCCAGCGAUCCUUGUGACGAAACCGGUGCACGCCUCGUCAAAGCUGACAAAGAGAUCCAGAGGCUCACCCAGAAGUUGGAGCAGCUGGAGAGCGAGCUCAGUGCAGACAGAGAGAGUCUGCGCAGUGCUGAGAGCCUCAGCUCUGACCUGAUGAAGGAGAAAGCUCAGUUGGAGAAGACUCUGGAGACACUAAGGGAAAACUCUGAGAGACAGGUGAAAGGACUUGAACAGGAGAAUGAGCAUCUGAACCAGACCAUCUCUUCUCUGAGGCAACGUUCCCAAGUGAGUGCUGAGGCCAGAGUCAAAGACGUGGAGAAGGAGAACCGUGUGCUUCAUGAGUCCAUCAAGGAGACCAGCAGCAAGCUAAACAAGAUAGAAUUUGAGCGCAAACAGCUCCGCAAAGACCUUGAACACUACAAGGAGAAAGGAGAGAGGGCAGAGGAGCUGGAGUUGGAGGUGCAUCGACUGGAGAGGGAGAAUGAGGGUCUGCAGAAACGUGUGGCAAGUUUGGGGAUCACGUGUGAGAAAGUGGAGGCUCUGGAAAAGGAGAACGCAGAGCUGGAGGCUGAGACUAGAAAGUUGAAGAAGAAGGUUGAGAGCUUAAAGAGCACGGCAUUUCAGUUGGAAGCUUUGGAAAAAGAAAACGCCCAGCUGGACGAGGAAAACCUGGAUCUGCGGCGUACUGCUGAGUCCUUACGCUCUGCCGGGGCCAAGGCAGCCCAGCUCGAACUCGAAAACCGCGAGUUGGAGAGUGAAAGAAAUCAGCUGAAGAGAAACCUUGAGUUACUGAAGGCUUCAUCCAAGAAAAGUGAACGUCUGGAGAUGAGCUACCAGGGCCUGGACACAGAGAACCAACGGCUUCAGAAGGCGCUGGAGAACAGCAGUCGUAAGAUCCAGCAGCUGGAAGGCGAGCUGCAGGACAUGGAGACAGAGAACCAGAAUCUUCAGAGGAGCCUGGAGGAACUGAAGAUCUCCAGCAAACGCUUGGAACAGCUUGAGCAGGAGAAUAAGGUGUUGGAGCAGGAGAGCUCACAGCUGGAAAAAGACAAGAAACAGCUUGAGAAGGAGAACAAACGUUUACGCCAGCAGGCUGAGAUCAGGGACUCUAAAAUGGAUGAUGAUAACUUGCGCAUCUCUCAUUUGGAGAAGGAAAACCGUGCCCUCAGCAAAGAGGUGUCAACGUUAAAAGACUCUUACAACCGUGUCAGAGACCUUGAGAAAGACAACAAGGAGCUGGUCAAACAGGCCACCAUUGACAAAAAGACACUGGUCACACUGAGGGAGGAACUGGUGAGUGAAAAACUGAAAACUCAGCAGAUGAACAAUGACCUGGAAAAACUGACUCAUGAGCUGGAGAAGAUCGGCCUGAAUAAAGAGAGAUUGCUGCAUGAUGAACAGAGCUCUGACGACAGGUUCAAGUUGCUGGAGUCGAAACUGGAGUCUACUCUGAAGUCAUCUUUGGAGAUUAAAGAGGAGAAGAUCGCCGCCCUAGAGGCCAGACUGCAAGAAUCCUCCAAUCUCAAUCAGCAGCUUCGUCAGGAACUAAAAACAGUGAAGAAGAAUUAUGAGGCCUUGCGUCAGAGGGAGGAAGAAGAACGAAUGGUACAGAGCUCGCCCCCUAGAGCAGGAGAGGAUCCCCAGGUGGUCAGCAAGUGGGAGAAGGAGAGCCACGAGGCUACACGAGAACUGCUGAAGGUCAAAGAUCGACUAAUCGAAGUGGAGAGGAAUAAUGCUACUCUUCAAGCUGAGAAGCAGGCUUUGCGCACACAGCUGAAGCAGCUGGAGACACAGAGCAGUAACUUACAGGCACAGAUUCUGGCCCUGCAGAGACAGACAGCCUCCUUACAGGAGAACAACACAACACUGCAAACACAGAAUGCUAAACUACAGGUGGAGAACUCCACCCUAAAUUCUCAAAGCGCGGCUCUGAUGACCCAGAAUGCACAGCUUCAAAGCCAACAGUCCAGCACAGAGAGCGAGCGGGAGGGUGCGGUUCGGGAGAAGGAGGAACUGCGCACCACCUAUGAAUUACUGCUGAGAGACCACGAGAAGUUGGCCGCUCUCCACGAGAGGCAAGCCUCCGAGUACGAGGCCCUCAUCGGCAAACACGGCGGACUCAAGAGCGCCCACAAGAGCCUGGAACUCCAGCACAAAGACCUUGAGGACCGAUAUAACCAGUUGCUGAAGCAGAAGGCACAGCUGGAGGAGCUGGAGAAGGUGUUGAAGGCAGAGCAGGAGAAGAUGAUCUCUGAGAAUAAGAGCCACGAGGCCACAGCGGCCGAGUAUCACAAACUGAAGGAUGAGAAUGACAAGUUGAAUACCGUGUACCGUCAGUUGCUGAAAGAUAAUGAGGGGCUUCAGGCUGACCAUAAGAAUCUGAAGAGCCAGCUAAACGCAGCCAAACUGGAGCAGACUCGUCUUGAGGCGGAGUUUUCGAAACUGAAAGAGCAGUACCAACAGCUUGACAUCACCUCCACUAAACUCACCAAUCAGUGUGAGUUGUUGAGUCAGCUGAAGGGGAAUCUGGAGGAGGAGAACAGGCACCUGUUGGACCAGAUUCAGACUCUGAUGCUGCAGAACCGAACCUUGCUGGAGCAGACCAUGGAGAGCAAAGACUUAUUCCAUGUGGAGCAGAGACAGUACAUAGAUAAACUGAAUGAGCUAAGAAGACAGAAAGAGAAGCUGGAGGAGAAAAUCAUGGACCAGUAUAAAUUCUACGACCCAUCACCACCUCGAAGACGAGGGAACUGGAUCGCUCUGAAGAUGAAGAAGCUGAUUAAGCCGAAGAGUCGUGAGCGCAUGCGCUCUCUCACGCUAACGCCCACUCGCUCUGAGUCCAGCGAGGGCUUCCUGGCCCUCCCCCCUCAGGACAGCCAGGACAGCUCCUCUGUGGGCUCUGGCUCCAACUCACUGGAUGACACACUCAGUCACAAGAGGAGCAACAUGACAGCACUGAAAAGAUUGCCCUUUAUGCGGAACAGAUCGAAGGAGAAAGACAAAGUGAAGGCCAUCUACCGCCGGUCCAUGUCCAUGAAUGACCUGCUUCAGACGAUGGCGGUUGCGGGAGGGCAGUGGGCCGGUAGCACCGACAAUCUAGAUGGGCCUGAAGAGGCGGCGCCCGGAAGCCAGCGCAUGAAGGAGCUCGGAUCCAUGGCCUACUCCACUACAGCCAUCAACUACGCCACUCUCAACCUGCCUGCUGGCCACAGGGCCAAACAGAAGCUUAAAAACAAAGACAAUGCCUCUUGUGAGGAUGUCACACCAACGUCUUCAGAUGACCCAAGUGGGGUUAGAGGUCAAGCCUCCAGGCCCGCCAGCCUCCAUCAUAACAAGACCACCAGUACUAAUAGCAAUAGUAACUCUCAUUCCACACGGCUCGAUGGCAAAGCAGGCACAGUGAACGGCAGCCUCAGCAGACCCCAGAGUGAGAGCAGUGGUGAGUUUAGUUUGAGUUUGGACACUGAGGUGUGGUCCAGUGGUAGCAGCCCAGUACAGCAGCCUUCCUCCCAGAGAUCCUCCCACCAGAGUCCGCUGCAGCUCCGCAAGAGCCUAGAGGGACCAGGCACUCUGCCCAAAGGAAAGACAGGCUCGCCUGGCAGUGUGGUUGUCUCACUGCAGCAGUUCCUCGAGGAGAGCACAGAACCAACAGAGUCUGGCAGCCAAGAGAAUCUCACGGCUGAUUCUCCACGCCUGUCUGGAGGCACUGAGCAUGCUCAGACCACUGAGCGUGUCAAGGGGCGGGGCAUUCUACGCUCGUCCAGCGGGAAGGCCACGAGCUCGGACUCCAGUGGAGGGCUGUCGGGCCGGGGGCAACCAGGUCGACCCAGCCUGCGUAAGGCGGAGAGCACGCGCGUGAAAGGCUCCGUCCAGGCCCGAGCCAGCCUAUCCACCCAGGGCAAAGCCACGUCUGUCUCCGAACGCCUGGACUCCUCCUCCGGUCUUCCCCGCGCCAGCAGCGUCAUCUCCACCGCCGAGGGCACGACCCGCAGGACCAGCAUCCACGACCUCCUGUCCAAGGACAGCAGGCAGCCCGUUUCUGUGGACUCACCUCCGUCCAGAGCCAAGCCUCGCGCCCAGGCCGCGUCCAAUGUGGAAGUGUUACAAGAGCGCAGAAAAUCAAAAAGCAGAACUGGAGAGCAACAAAGCUCCUAA